UUCCUCACUUCCCUCUCUUCCAUCUCUAUAUAUAUACAUAGUCACACCAGCAUUCAUUUUCUCUAACUAACAAAAACCCUUUUGUUUUAACUCUCUCUUCUCCAACAAUUUCCUUGGUUUCUGUCAAACUUUGAUCAUCAAAACAAAAGAAAAAAAAAUCACCAUCAGCAUGGCAAUGUCUUUCCAAUUCUCAAAGAUCCAAUUAGUCCUCUUUCUUGCUCUGACCUUCUCAUUCCAAGUCUGUCUAGGUGAGGUUAUUUGUGAGAAUUUGCCGAAAAAUCAAUGCGCAUUUGCGAUAUCAAAGGAUGGAAAGCGUUGCCUGAUUGAAAACUACGUAGCCAAGGAUGGAAAGACAGAAUAUCAAUGUAGAACAUCUGAAGUUGUCGUGGAAGGAAUUACUGACUGGAUCGAAACCGACGAAUGUGUUAACGCUUGUGGUGCAGAUAGAAAUGCCGUCGGGAUUUCUUCCGACUCCCUGAUGGAAUCACAAUUUGUGUCCAAGCUUUGCUCACCAUAUUGUUAUCAGAAUUGCCCUAACUUUGUGGAUCUCUACUUUAAUUUGGCUGCAGGAGAAAAUGUAUUUUUACCCCAAUUAUGCGAGGAUCAAAGGACAAACCCACGCCGUGCCAUGAUUCAGUUGAUGAGUUCAGGUGCAGCACCAGGUCCUGUGUCAGGAAACACCGACGAGGAAGAAAAUGCCGAGGGGAUUGCUCCAGCUCCGGCUCCAAUGAAUUAAUCCAAUGCAUAUGUUUGAUGAUCGAGAAGAAAUUACAAGACUUACUUUUUAUUAGUAGAUUGUUUAUUUGUCAUGAAAAAUUACAAUUUUUCUUGGGACUAAUAAAACGUUGAUAGGAGAAGGGGGAGUUGAUUUUGGUGUACUUAUUUAGAGUUUGAUAUCAUCCCCUAAUCAGAUAAUACAACUGAUACAAAAACAUCGAUCGGUCAUAUGGAAAUGGAACCAAAAUUCUAUUACAUGUUUCUGUAAGUGUGUGUGUGGUAACUGUCGUUAGGGAAAUGAGGCUACUUUAUAUUCUUGGGUUUU